AUGGAAAUGUUCGAAGUGUUAACUCAAUUAUGUCUCGACAUUGUUCAUAUGAAAAUCACUGCGGCAGAGGGAUUCGAGCGGAUACUUGAGAAGAAGAAUGAACGCGAGGCGCUGAGCUCGGAUCUGGUCGAUGUGCUCGUGCUCACCGAGCCGGAGAGUGAGUUCGCUGAAAACGCAAGCACCUCGAAAGCUAACUUUGAGUCAUUUGUGCAUCUUCUUACCAACACCAUCAUCCCCGAAGAGAUUCUGCGUCUCGAACUCGAUUGUUGCAAGAGAGAUGAGCACAAUAAGGGAUUGAUUCGACUGAAAACCAAGUUAUACUUCAAACAAGCGAAAUUCAACCUGUUUCGAGAGGAGUCCGAAGGAUAUUCAAAACUGAUAACAGAGCUUAUGGAGUCCUCCGAAAACUGUUCUGCGCAUGACGAUUUUGCCAAAGUGAUAAAGCAUCGGGUGCUAUCACUGAUUGGACAAUUCAAUUUGGAUCCGAAUCGAGUGACAGACAUAAUUCUAGAAGUUUUCGAAAUUUUCCCGAAACAGAAAAUGUUUUUUAUAUCACUUCUGAAGGAGAUCGAUGUGGUUCCAGAGUAUCUUUGCGCGAUUCUUGGCUUCAAAUACACAUUUUAUCAGUCGGAAAAGAAGAAGACACCGUAUUCAUUGUAUGUGCUGACGGCGUAUUUGAUUCAACACGAGAUGAUUGAUCUGAUGAAGAUUUUGGCUUAUAUGAUUCCAAAAGCCGAAGCUAUCAAAGAAUCGCAUAAAGCGCGAAUGGUAAACGCUCAGGAACGUGCAUCGAAAGCGGAAACCAUCUCCACCGCAUCCAUCCCAAUGACGGAUUCCGAAAUCGGAAUGGGCGGUCCAGUCGUCACCAUCUCCAUCACUACAGUAAUCCAACUACAAGAAGAUGAGGAUGCCAAGCUCGCCGAGGGAUUCAACGAGGAAUCAGUGCUUGCAUCGAAUCAAAAACUGGGACUUGCAUGUGCUCUGCUAGAGAAUGGAAAUUGGAAACAAGCACAACAUUUGAUAGAUCGACUUCCAGAGUACUAUGCAGUUCAAGCGAGUCCGAGAGUCUGUCGGGCUCUUUGCAAAAUCAUUGAGAGGUCGAUCGAUGCAUUUUAUCGCAAGAGUUGUUCGUUGAAUUUGUUUGGAGAGUUGACAAAGUCAAAGAAACCAGUGCUCGAUGAUAUGGGCAACGGUUUGAAACCGAUUGACAGCUGGGAUGAUCUGGGUCAACUGGUUACUAUUCUCGCCUAUCUCGGCCCACGACUGGCUUAUCGAGCAACAACCAACAUUAAAAUCCUUCGUCUCCUCACUGCUUACUAUCAGAAAGUUGAAAAAGGAGAAUUGCAGAAGGAUGAGAAGUUGAACGAAUUAUUCGUGGAAUUGGUCUCCGAAUGUCUCCUCCCCUCGUUAACACUCUCCGACACCAAUGUAGCUCUAAGCGAAGAACUCUGGCAACUCCUUCAACUAUUCCCCUACUCGUGGCGAUAUUGGAUGUACUCGAAAUGGAAUCACGAAACGAUGAGACAUCCGGAAAUGAGUAUUAUGCGAGGAAAAGUCCAUGGAAGAACCAAAUAUGUUCUGAAACGGCUGUCCAAAGAAACAGUGAAAAUGAUGGGUCGUCAACUGGGAAAACUGUGUCAUAUCCAUCCGUCUACAGUACUCUCCUACCUGCUCAGUCAAGUGCAAACCUUUGAUAAUUUCAUCGGACCAGUGGUAGACAGUUUGAGAUAUUUGACAAGUCUCGAGUUUGAUGUUCUAACUUACUGCAUCAUCUCUCAGCUAGCAGAUCCUUCUAAGCAGGCUCUCAAGUCUACAGAUGCCACAAUCUCCCCUUGGCUUCAAGCCCUUGGGACACUGGUCGGAUCCCUUUACCGUCGUUAUCCUCUUGAACUCAACGGAAUGUUGGAUUACGUUCUAAACCAGCUGAAACUCUGUAAAAGUUAUGAUAUGCUCCUUCUGCGAGAAAUCAUUCAAAAUAUGUCAUGGAUCGAGAGUAUUAGUGGAGCAACUAAAGAACAAAUCGAAGCACUUGGAGGUGGAGAUCUCUUACGACAAGAAGCAGGAGGAUACUCAACAGCUACAAAGAAUCGAAAAGCAGCUCAACGUCUUCGGGAUGCUCUUCUAAAAGGAGACCUUGCAGUGGGACUUUGCAUUUCGAUUGCUCAGCAGAAAGAGCAUAUCAUGUACAAUGAGAGCUCGACACUUCCGCUGAAACUGGUUGGAAAGAUGGUUGAUCAGUGCAGUGACACCUUCCAGCAGCUGGUUUCAUUUUUGAGUGUCUACAUGAGAAAUGAGGACUUUGCCAAGAGAGUUCCUUCGGUUCGAGAGCUCAUUGCGGACUAUUCGCUGGGAAUGGAGGCUACCAUGUGUCUGGCAAGACCCACAUUCUUUUCGCGCAUUCUCGACAACUAUGAUUCAGCGAAGAAGGUGUCAAAAGCGGCAGCUGAUGCAGAAGCAGGAGGAGAUAAGAAGACAAGACUGGAUAGUCAGCAAAAGACAGAGAUCUUCACAAAUGCACUGGAAGCACAGAUAGAAGCGUUGAUGAAUGAUUUGAAGGAAGCGAAUUCAGCGAUGGAGGAGAGCGUUCCAGUCAGAUUCUUCGCCGUCUUCUGGAUGCUGACAAUGUAUGACAUUGAAGUUCCCACAUCUGCAUAUGACCGUACUUUGGAGGCAAUGAAAAAGCAAUCUAGGGAUGAUAGUCAUGGAAAACCAAAAAAGACGGAUAAGCAGUUGGAGAGCAAGCUUCGAGAAGAGCAGAAGCGGCAGACGGAGCAUGUGGAGAGGUGUAAAGCGUGGCUUCUGAGUCGAAAGGAUUCGUUGAUCGAUGAGAAAUUCCAUAAUUCUGUACUCGAAGUGCUGAUACAACAAUGCCUACUGCCACGUGCCAUCUUCUCCGAACUAGACGCCGUCUUUUGCGGACAGUUCUUCAAGAUGCUACACGAAAUGCGGACUCCUUUCUUCCCGUCAAUAGUUAUUAUAGACAGGCAAACACCCUAUAAUAAUCAAUUUCAGCUCUUCGAAAACACCAUCCCAUUGAUCGCUGGACUCACUGAAGACGAGGCCAAUGCGCUGGCUUGCUUCUUUGAAAUCUUGCUAGGCCUCACUCAACGAUGGCAUUCGGAGAAGGAAAUUUUCGAGAAGGAAUGCGCUGGAUUCCCUGGAAUGAUAACGAAAAAUGCGAUUGAAUAUCAAACAUUCCGAAAGCUAUGCUAUCGAUGGCAGACUCGAUUUACGCUCAUGUUCAAGUCAGUUUUGAGUAAAGAAGACUCGAAUUAUGUGCUGAUUCGAAAUAGUCUCAUUAUGAUGACCAAAUUGACAACUGGAUUCCCGUUGAUAGCUGCCAAUGUGGCUACUAUGGAGGCAACGGCAACGAAGUUGAAGGAGCGAGAGAAGGGAAAACGAGAUGAUCUUUCACUGAAAGCAGCAUCUUACAUUGGAAAACUCAAAAUGAGAAAUGUCAAAAUCUACGCGCAGAACUCGGAUUUCGCUAACGUCCCCAAUAGGAAGGCGUCGACGGUGGAGAAGAAGGAAAAGAAGAAGAGUGAUAAGGAGGAGGGAGAGCCAGCUGAUAAGAAGCUCAAGGUGGAUGCCAAAAAGAAUGGAACGUCGUCGGAGAAGAAUUUGGAGAAGAAGGAAGAGAAGAAGGAAGAAGAGGAAAAACAGAAUGGAGCUGGUUCGGAGAAAGUGGAGAAGAAAACCACCACGACGACUCCAGAUGAGAACAAGGAUAGGAAGAAGAGACCUGGGAAGUCUUCAGAUUCAACGUCUUCUAAGAAGGCAGACGAAGAGACCAAAACCACCAGCCCACCUCCAGCCAAAAAGACUAGAAUCACGGAUCGACUGAAGCAUCCCGAAGAUGAGAAGGAGGUGAAGGAUACAGAAUCGGAAAAAGGAGAAGGAUCGAAAAAGAAGAGGGAGAAGAGUCGAGAGAGGAAGGAUAAGGAGAAAAGAUCAUCGGAAAAGGACAAGGAUCGGAAGAAGGAGAAUGGAGGAGAUGGGAAGGAGAAGAAGGAGAAGGAGCACCAGAAGAAGGAUGAGAAAAGAGCAGAAGUCGCUGGACCGGCGAAAAUAAAAUUCCAUUUUCAGCUCCCCGAGCCUAAAAAAGACGAGAAAAAAGAUGAUAAGAAGAGCUCUAGAAAGACCAUCGAGUUCGAUUUAUCGGAUUCUCCAAAAACUCCAGCUGCCACGUCAUCGUCUUCCAGAAAAGAUCGAGAACGGAAAGAAGAGAAAAAAGAGAAACGAGAGGAUCUUCCGAAGUCGUCGAGAAUUGCCGAACCAGUGAAGGCUGGACGGGAUCGAGGGGAUCGUGGACAUCGAUCGCACAGAUCAUAA